AUGGCAGCGAGCCCACAGCGCCAGCCGGGCAGCGGCGUGGCCGCGUCCACCGCCGUGGUGACCCUUCCCCAGCCGCAUAACCAACACCUGCUAAGCCAUCAACACCACCAGCAGCAGCAACAGCAGCAGCAGCACAACCCUCACCAACAGCAGCAGCACAAAAAUCACCAACACCAGCCUCACAGCCCACCACGCAGCGCCAGCGGUCGUGUGCUGCGUGACCCGGCACGGCUGGCAGUGUCUGGGCAG